AUGUUUGCUAGUUUACUUGUUCAGGCUAUUUCCUUCCCGGCAUGGCCAUCGAGUUAUACUAUCAUUGGUACAUGGAAAGUUCCAUAUACAAAUCUUUCAAAUCCAAUCACAGUCGUUCACUCUCCAGGUCGUCAAUAUCAAAAUCAGUUAAAUGGAGUCGAGCAAAUCUGGAGAUCCGGUCCAGAGGAGCGUAUUCAUCGUAAAAUUGUUGGAACAGGCAACGGAACAAUUUGUUACGGAAUUCCAGAUGAUCAACCAUUUGAUGUCGAGAUUACACAGUUCCUUCCAGAUCCAGAAGGCUUCAAAUUACUCGACGGUGAAUAUACAUAUCAUGGCAAAGUUUGCGAUAUUUGGGAAAAAGUUGUUGACGGAAAUAAAACACAGACAUACAGAAUGUACAUCGACAAGCAAGGAAAUCCAGUAGCAUACGUUUCAAAGGCUAUUUCCAUUUUCCACUCCCACUACGACGUUUACAUUCUCGAAAUCGACACAUUCAUAAGAGAUGUCCUUCCAGGAUACUGGAACAUCCCAGCUAUCUGCAACAAUCCAUUACCAGACCCAUACCCAGGAGACCAGAUGGGAUUCUUCUUCCCUAAGUCUCAUUCCCAUAAGAACGUCCAGAAGAAUGUCAGAGCCAGACUUGCUUCCGGCGAACAGACCAACGGCCGCUUUGCACACCUCGAUAAGUCCGAGUUCAUGAAGCAUGUCGAAAUGCAGCGCAAGGCCCGUAAUGAUCGUCUUAAGCGUAGAGGCGAUUCACAGUACUGCCCAACAUGGAAAGGCACCGGAAAGGAACUUCCUCGCACUUUUUCAUGGCGUAACAAUACCCAGGUUGUUGGCAAACCACGUGAUCAAGUCGCAUGCGGUUCCUGCUGGGCAUUCGGUACAGCCGAAGUUCUUGAAGGCGCAUUCGGUAUCGCCUCCAAGGAAUUCCACGAAGUUUCUACAAAUCAGAUUAUGGAUUGCACAUUUGGCUGGGGCGAUAACAACUACGGCUGCCAGGGUGGUGAAGUCGAUAUCGCUCUCGAUGCUCUCAAGAACAAGAAGAUCAAGAUUGCUAAGGAAUCUGAUUAUCCUUAUCUUGGCGCAUCUUCUCAGUUCUGCGACAACAACAAGGAUGACUACCUCGGAACAGUUACUGGCUGCUACAAGAUUGAGCAGAGAACAAGAUCCGUCAUGGAGGCCAUCUACACAUUCGGACCACUCGGUAUCGCUAUCAACGUUAUUGAGCCAAUGAUGCUCUACACAAACGGUGUUAUCGAUGACGAGACAUGCACAGGCGCACAGAGUGACCUCGUGCACGCUGUUCUUCUUACUGGCUGGGCUGAAAUCGAUGGAAAGCUCGCCUGGGAAGUUAAGAACUCAUGGUCAACAUAUUGGGGAUGGGAUGGUUAUAUCUAUAUACAGAUGGAAGAUCAGACAAAGAACUGCGGUGUUACUACUGAUGCUGUUGCAGCAGUUGUUAGCCUUAAGCAGAAUUAA